AUGGCUCUUCGCUAUCCCAUGGCUGUGGGCCUCAACAGGGGCCACAAGGUAACCAAGAAUGUGAGCAAGCCCAGGCACAGCCGCCCCCGCGGGUGUCUGACCAAACACACCAAGUUUGUGCGGGACAUGAUCCGGGAGGUGUGUGGCUUUGCCCCGUACGAGUGGCAUGCCAUGGAGUUACUGAAGGUCUCCAAGGACAAAUGGGCCCUCAAAUUUGUCAAGAAAAGGGUGGGGACACACAUCUGCACCAAGAGGAAGCGGGAGGAGCUGAGCAAUGCCCUGGCUGCCAUGAGAACAGCCGCUACCAAGAAAGAGUGA